GAACAGAAGAAGAAAAGAAGAGGGAGGAAAAAAAGUUCCCGCCUUUUUAUACCUUCCCCCCCCACGUGACCCAUCCCGAAGCUCUCCACCCGGAGAUCGAGACAGACGCCAUUAGCAAGCGAAUUGGGAAUUGAAUUGAAUUGAGAGGAGGUCCCCGGAGUUCAACUCAACCAGAAAUGCCCAGCUAGGACCGAUGUCGCGCCUACUCCGAGAAACAUUGCGAAGGGCCACGCCGGGCGGGGUGUUCCGGCUUACGCUGGACGGCGUGGGACUGUUCUGCGCGUGCACGCUUAUCUGGGAGCAUCUGAUCACGGUGCAGCUCAGUGAAGGGCCGUCGAUGUAUCCGACGUUCAGUCCGCGGGGCGAUUACCUGUUGAUAUCGAGGGUGCAUAAACAUGGCAAGGGGAUUGAGGUGGGAGAUGUGGUGCGGUUUUAUCAUCCGACGUUUUUGGGCGUGAAUGGGGCCAAGAGGGUCAUUGGUAUGCCCGGGGAUUUUGUCUGUCGGGAUUUACCGUUUAGUACGGAGGUUGGGAAGAGCCAAGAGAUGAUUCAGGUGCCUGAGGGUCAUGUGUAUGUUGGUGGUGAUAACCUGCCUUGGUCGAGGGACUCGAGAAACUAUGGUCCUAUACCUAUGGGCUUGAUCAAUGGGAAGAUCAUUGCUCGUGUUUGGCCGCUCUCGAAAGCGCAAUGGGUGCAGAAUACGAUGCAGCCGGCUCAGCUCGACGACUAAGUGGAUCUAUUCUCUACAAGCAUAGUUUUGGGAGUCUGGAGUUGUGGGAUAUUUGUGCAUAUUCAUACAGU